GUAGUCAACAUUGAAGGAAAGUGAUGAAGAGUUAGUCAACAAACUCCUAUUUUGGGUGUCAAAAUGACAAGGCUAUCGAUUAAAAACUUUCGGGCGUUUAAAGUCUGAGUUGAGGGAAUAAGACAUUGAAAAUGCCUCUUGUUUCAAUGAAGAAAUCGUCGGGAGGCAACUCCAAGAACCUCCCUGUCCGAGUGACGACCAUGGAUGCUGAACUGGAAUUUGAGAUUGAGAGCAAGGCCAUGGGGAAGGAGCUUUUUGAUCUGGUGUGUCGCACUAUUGGCCUGAGAGAAACGUGGUACUUUGGGCUGCAGUUUGUCGACUCCAAGGGCUACAUCGCAUGGCUAAAGUUUGAUAAAAAGGUCCUAGGGCAGGAUGUUGGGAAGGAAACUCCGAUUCCGUUUCAGUUCCUGGCCAAGUUUUACCCAGAGGACGUGUCGGAGGAGUUGAUCCAGGAGAUCACACAGCACCUGUUCUUCCUGCAGGUCAAGCAGUCAAUACUCAACAUGGACAUCUACUGCCCACCCGAGGCCUCCGUGCUGCUCGCCUCGUACGCCGUGCAGGCCAAGUAUGGGGACUACGACCCCUCGACGUACAAGGCGGGGAUGCUGGCCAGUGAGGACCUGCUGCCCCAGAGGGUCAUUGACCAGUACCAGAUGACCCCCGAGAUGUGGGAGGAGAGAAUCAAAGUGUGGUACGCUGACCGCCGCGGCAUGACCAGAGAUGAAGCUGAGAUUGAGUACUUGAAGAUAGCCCAGGACUUUGAGAUGUACGGAGUAAACUACUUUCAGAUUAAGAAUAAGAAGCAUACAGAUCUGUGGCUGGGUGUGGACGCUCGGGGGAUCAACAUCUACGAGCGGGACAACAGGCUGACACCCAAGAUAACAUUCCCCUGGAGUGAAAUCAAGAAUAUCUCAUUCAAGGACAAGAAGUUUCUUAUAAAAAAUGUUGGCAAGGGUGCGGCUGAUUUUACUUUCUAUGCUCCAAAGCUGAGGAUUAAUAAGUUGAUCCUGGAGCUGUGUGUGGGCAACCAUGAACUGUUCAUGCGGAGGCGGAAACCGGACUCCAUGGAAACUCAGCAGAUGAAGGCCCAAGCACGCGAAGAAAAGGCUCGGAAACAGCUGGACCGGGCGCGGCUGGCGAAGGAGAAGCAGAUGCGGGAAGAGAUGAUGCGGGAGAAGGAGGACCUGGAGCGGCGGUUGAUGCAGCUGCAAGAUGAGGUCCGCAUGUCGCAGGAAGCUCUGAUGCGUUCGGAGGAGACGGCAGACUUGUUGGCAGAGAAGGUUCGCAUCAUGGAUGAGGAGGCUCUGUUGUUGAGAGAAAAAUCAAAAGAAGCAGAAAAUGAAGUCCAUCGGAUCAAAGUGUCUGCAAUAAAGACGGAGGAGGAGAGGCUGUUGAUGGAGCACCGGGCCAGGGAGGCAGAGAUGAUAGCAGCCAAACUCCUGGAGGACUCGGAGAGGAGAGCCAAGGAAGCAGAGACCCUGAAGGACGAACUGCUUCAUGCUAGGAUCGCAGAGAAGUUUGCCAAGGAUAAGCUCCUGGAGGUAUCUCGGACCAACAUCCCCUACAGUGCUGGGAGUUUUCACAGUUACCACAUGGCUCCAGAAAUGAACGAGCUGAAGCUUGACCACACGAUACUGACCCCCACGCCUCCACCCCCCCCACAGAUGCCAGUGGAGCAUCUGCCGGGGGACAUGGACCAGCUGUCCCUGGAGAUAGAGAAGGAGAGGCAGGAGUACAUGGAGAAGAGCAAGAACCUGCAGGAGCAGCUGAAGGAGCUGAAGACGGAGAUCGAGGUGCUGAAGGUGGAGGACCGACAGACAGACUUCGACCGACUCCAUGAGGAGAUCAUGCAGAGAGGGGACACCAAGUACUCCACUCUCAGAAAGAUUGGUGCGAGUACUUCUAAUGCACGUGUUGCAUUUUUCGAGGAAUUAUGAUUCCGGCAAGCCGUCUUCCUGUACCAAAGGGUGCUCCAUCUUGUCGAUGUCCUUGACGACCAUCAGGACUCUGGUUUCCAUGGAAACGUGAUACCAUGGUAACGCUGAAUGGAUGGAUACCCACCCGCCAUGAUGAUUGUCCAACAUCACCGGUUGUCUUUCGUGCUAGCAAAUAGCUUCUUUUUGCCCAUGUGCCAAAAUGUGUGCCACUUUUAAAAGUGGAUGAGACAUGACAAGCGUAUGCAGUAGUUGUACACAGGUAGAACCAGAAUGUCCUAGAUCUGUUGACAGUGGUAAGUGUGUGGCAUGCAUGAAUGAUGAAGGAUUGUGGUACCUACUUGAAGGUAGAUUGAAGAUGUAAUGGCAGCUACAGUUGGUUUUAUUCAUGAUUGAGUUUUAGCUGUGUGAAGUACGAGUGAGAUUUGAUGGGGUGUGACGAGUGAGUGGAAUGUAGGGGGACGAUCAUUGCCUGGCGGGAUACCUAUUCGUAGGUAGACUGACAGUGAUAUGCUAGAUGGUCAAAAUUCAUGGGCAAGAGACAUGUCAUUGUAGGGAAGAUAACUACAUGUGGAUGACAGUGAGAGAUGUGGUUUUGUGAUAGCCACUAAACGUAGGACUGGUCCUAAUUUGUGACGAAAGCGUCUCUUGAUAUUUGAAUCACUGACAUUUUAUAUUGUACAUUGAUCUAUUUAAAGCUUUUGGUGUGAAUUUGGAGACAUUUUAUCAAAAAAGGAAAUAUAUUUUGUGAUUCCAUGUGAAAAAAGUUAUAAUAUGGAUGAAGAAUAUGGUAUCAGGAUGAGCUAUUGGACGUUUGACAGGGAAUGAUAUAGAUGUGUGAGGACGGUUUAAUGACGUUUUAGAACGACGAACAUGGUACCACAACAAAGUCGGUCUGUGCAGUUCUCGCAUCAUUGGGGGGGUAUGGGUGGCCCAGUCGCCUAAGGCGCCGCGAUUCGCUGUGCAGAGUUGCGUCCCUUGACGAUGCCAGAAACCUCUUAUUGUGGGUUCGAAUCCCGGUUCGCCCUGAUUAUGUUUCUAG